AUGGUUUCCUUGCCUUCUUCCUCGGUACGGCGCUUGGGGCCCAUGGACGAGGAGCAGAGCAUGCAGGGUAGCUGCGGCCAAGGCAGCUGCGGCCAAGGCAGCUGCGGCCAAGGCAGCUGCGGUCAAGGCAGCUGUGGCCAAGGUCUUUGCGCUAGCCCAUGUGCCAAUGGAGACUGCAAAGAGGCAGAGGGUGGUGGCAGCUGCAACGGAGGUAAAUGCAAGCCGGGAAUGGGAUGUGAAGUUGGCUACAGCUCCUCAGGAACCUCGUGUGAUCCCAGCACUUGUGAGAAGGCCGAGUGCAAGAUCGAUCCGGCGUUUGUCAGCCAAGCUCUCGACCUUGCUAGCGUGAAGGUGGCAUCCAUGGAUGCUGAGCACGAGGAGUGUGCAACAGCCUUGCGGCGCCUUGUCGAGACGAGGUCACGAGAAGUGCUGAAGGAAGUUCUAGAUUGUCUUUCCGACCAUUUCGCUCACGAGGAAGCUCUUUUUGAGGAGCAUGGGUUUGGAGUUCAUGCCAACGAGAAGUUGUCGGCAAAGAAGAGCCAUGCCAAGGAGCAUCAGCGAUUGCUGGACAAGGUUCGAAGGCAGCUGUCUCUCGGUCCAUCCGUUCCAGCCCCUUUUGUGCGAGAGCUUCUGCAGGAAUUCCACGAGCACACCACCCUGUACGACGUGCAGUACGCAGACUUUUUGGCGAGCAAGGGCGCCAAAUAA